ACUGAAAAUGAAUAUACAAAAUGACACUUUGACAGACUUAGGAAUCCCAAACGAUGGCGUUUGAAGGGGAAGGCACUCUGUCUUAGUGUGAUUGGUUAAAUUUGAUUUUCAAUUAAUAGUGGUCCGAGUAUUUCUCGCAAACUGUAAGGGACGCAGAGGCAGAGAGACACCAACACCCAAAAGCAAGAACAAGAAGGGAAACACAAUGGCAACGAGAGAAAGGGAGAGAGAUCUUGAGCUCCUGAUUCGAGAGAGGGAGAGGGAUCUAGAGCUUCUUAUUCCGGUUUCGAACCCCGAAAAUGCACCUCCCAAAUCCUCCAACUCCUCGCCGGAAUCUCCAGCUACCUCCACAACAUCAACAUCAUCUCAUUCCCAUCAUACCUCCGGCCGCGAGGCAUUUUCAAAAGUCAUUCAGAGCUGGGCUUCCAAGAAGUUUAUGACAGGAUGUGUCAUUCUUCUUCCAAUAGCCAUUACAUUCUACGUGACGUGGAUUUUCAUUCGUUUUGUGGAUGGUUUCUUCUCCCCAAUUUAUAAUCAUCUAGGAAUCAAUGUUUUUGGCCUUGGAUUCGCCACCUCUCUCAUCUUCAUCUUCCUAAUUGGUGUUUUCAUGCAAUCAUGGUUGGGAACUUCAGUUCUAACCGUAUGGGAGUGGUUUAUUAAGAAAAUGCCGCUUAUAAGCUAUAUAUAUACUGCCUCAAAGCAAAUUAGUACAGCAAUAUCACCAGAUCAGACCUCUAAGGCGUUCAAGGAAGUGGCUAUCAUAAGGCAUCCAAGAAUCGGAGAAUAUGUAUUGGGAUUUAUUACAAAUACAGUUAUUCUUAAUCGAAGGAGUGUAGGAGAAGAACUCUGCUGUGUUUAUAUACCUACCAACCACCUUUAUCUUGGAGACAUUGUUCUUAUCAGUCCCAAAGAUGUUAUGAGGCCUAAUCUGUCAGUUCGAGAAGGAAUUGAAAUUGUUAUUUCCGGAGGUAUGUCAAUACCCCAAUUGUUAACUACAAUAGAACCACUAAACAUUCCACCAGAAAGAGUUCCCCACUUUGAAACCCCAAAAGAAUGAGGAUGUCAAUUCAUAUUUCAUACAAUGCAGUUGUCAAAUUCAAACAAAGUUCUGCAGACGAAGAAGGUUAAAGGCUCGAAAGUAGCUGGAUCAUCAGUACUACUGUAUAAUGAAGUGAAGAAAUUAACAAGAGCACAUCAAUCCUGAAGAGAUGCCCCAUUAACCAAACUAUACACAGCCACAAACUGGUAGUACCGUUCAUGCUGUUUGUUUACAAGAGAAUUACCUCUUAAGUUUUCACCAUUGAUUCCAAAUUGUAAAUGCAUGCAUGUUUGGUUAUAGGUUUUAUCUUAUCCUUUUGUCAUUCUGAUUUAACUUCCCCCACCUACAUGUAGUCACAAUUCCAAUAUCGAACUAGAUUGAUUUCAACUAACUUUGGACUUUGGAUAUGAUAAGUGCAAGGGAUUUCCUUCUUUUGUUUAUCAUGUACGUACAUCCACUGUUGAAUAGAAUUUUUCUAUUAGAAUGAACGAAUUAUGAUGGAACAAUUAAAUCAAAGAAAAUUUGAUUCAGAUGUUAUUGAAUUCUCAAACAGAAGUACAAAAAAAAUACCCAAAAAACAAAGUAUCCCAUUUACACCAGCAAUAAUGAGGUCCUGAUCACUUGCCACUAAAUUCAUUGAAGCCUACAUUGCUUGGCAGCAGGGAUUUGUUGAUCAAAAUAUGAACUCGAAUUCAGCGGCCUCGAACUUUUGCAUGAUAUCACAGGAGGAACAUUGUUGAAAUUCCACAUGGCAGGUGAACAUGUUUGAGAAAAUCCAGGACAGGAUAUUGAAUUCAGAUGGUUAGAAGAACAUGUCUUUAUCACUGGUUUCUCAUUAAAACUUGCAAGAAUUGCCUCGCAACCUUCGAGUGAUAUGGGUGGGAUUUCUAGGGUCUGCAUAGUAGGAGGAUUCCGCCACCGGGGCAGAGGAGGCCCGGUGACAAGAAGCGUCUUAAGCAAUGGACCGGCUUCCAUCAGAGCCUGCAACAACUUCCCUUUUUGAGGCAGACUCUUGCCUUUAGCAAUAUAAUCAAUUUUAGCAUCCAAACCAAAAGAGGCCACUACACCAGUGGGAAUAUUCUUAGUAGUCCCGAUAAGUUCUUCUGUCAAAGGCUGGUUCAAAAAACUCGUGUGGCUAGAAUCGUUGAUAUUCGAGAAAUCUGGUGAAGAAAGUGCAUCAAAUAAGGAAUCAACAAGAGAAGAGUCAUAUUGAGGAUUAAUGAUGCCGUUCGACUCAGAUAUGCCUGAGUUUGCUUUUGGGGGCAUGAAAAUGGGUGGGACAACAUUAGGAAACUGUUCAAUUGGAGCAGAAUUAGGGUUCAUCUUGUUUAAGAUUUGCCGCAACUCAUUUCUGGCUUCAUCUCUUUCUUUAUAUGCAACCUGUAAAAGACUGAGUAUCUUGUUUGCAUUUUGUUGACUCUUAGCUACUAAACUCUUCACUGAUUCUAGUUCAAG